GUUGUAGUCCGCGUGCCCUUUGCGGGGCAGAGCCGCGGUUCCCGGGCACAGGGGAUGGACGCGGGAGGUGAGAAGCGGACGUGCUUUCUGAUUGGCUGAGGAGUCCGUGGCCGUUGGGGCGGGAAAAAGCUGUGGAGGGUUCGAGGCUGUGGUGGUAAUUGGGUUUUCCUCAGACUUGAGGCGACGACACACUCAUUGGAAGGGGACGAGGAAUCCAGGGUGUGGCAGAAGACGGGAGAGGAGCUAAGGGGGUCGGUAUGUGGAUCCAGUGAACCCGUCCAGGUGCCCCAAGAGGCUCGUGAAUAUGGACGGACCCAUGAGGCCAAGAUCGGCCUCCCUCGUUGACUUUCAGUUUGGAGUUGUCGCCACAGAGACGAUCGAAGACGCCCUGCUUCACUUGGCCCAGCAGAAUGAGCAAGCAGUGAGGGAGGCUUCGGGGCAGCUGGGCCGCUUCAGGGAGCCCCAGAUCGUGGAGUUUGUUUUUCUCCUGUCUGAACAAUGGUGUCUGGAGAAAUCUGUGAGCUACCAGGCUGUAGAAAUCCUAGAAAGGUUUAUGGUAAAACAGGCAGAGAACAUCUGCAGGCAAGCCACAAUCCAGCCAAGAGAUAAUAAGAGGGAGUCUCAGAAUUGGAGGGCUCUGAAACAGCAGCUUGUCAACAAGUUUACUCUCCGUCUUGUGUCAUGUGUUCAGCUGGCCAGCAAACUUUCCUUCCGAAACAAAAUAAUCAGCAACAUUACAGUCUUGAAUUUCCUCCAGGCUCUAGGCUAUCUACACACUAAAGAAGAACUGCUGGAAUCAGAGCUUGAUGUUUUGAAGUCCUUGAACUUCCAAAUUAAUCUGCCCACUCCCCUGGCAUAUGUGGAGACGCUCCUAGAGGUUUUAGGAUACAAUGGCUGUUUGGUUCCAGCCAUGAGGCUGCAUGCAACCUGCCUGACACUGCUCGACCUGGUCUAUCUUCUGCAUGAACCCAUAUAUGAGAGCCUGUUGAGGGCUUCAAUUGAGAACUCCACUCCCAGUCAGCUGCAAGGGGAAAAGUUUACUUCAGUGAAGGAAGACUUCAUGCUGUUGGCAGUAGGAAUCAUUGCAGCAAGUGCUUUCAUCCAAAACCAUGAGUGUUGGAGCCAGGUUGUGGGGCAUUUGCAGAGCAUCACUGGUAUUGCCUUGGCAAGCAUUGCUGAGUUCUCUUAUGCAAUCCUGACUCACGGAGUGGGAGCCAACACUCCGGAGAGACAGCAGUCUAUUCCUCCCCACCUGGCAGCCAGAGCUCUGAAGACUGUUGCUUCCUCUAACACAUGAGGGAGGCUGAAUCCACCAAAUAUAAACAGCCAUCCGUCACUGCA